AUGAGCUACAGCAAAAAGUACAACGAGGACGGGCCAAAAGGAGGAGUCAGUCAAGUUGGGCAGUACUAUCAUAUCGACAAAACUACCGUAUUGCAACAAGCUCGCAUCUUUAACGACUCUCGCAUCAACAACAAGAAAUGCAGAAUCCUAUUGACAAAAAUUGUAUUUCUGCUGUAUACCAGCGAGCCAUUCUCGGUGCAAGAAGCAACAGACCUCUUUUUCAAUGUCAUCAAGCUAUUUUCUUCCAAAGAUACAUCCCUGCGCCAAAUGAUGUACCUUGUCAUCAAAGAGCUUUCAGGUAUUGCUGAGGAUGUCAUUAUGGUAACCCAAUCACUUAUCAAAGACAUACAGUCAAAACAAGACACUGUAUACAGAGCUAAUGCUAUUCGUGCCCUGUGUUUGAUCACAGAUCCCGCCAUGAUACAAGGCAUUGAGCGCAUCCUGAAAGCGUCUAUUGUAGAUAAAGUGCCGUCUGUAUCUUCAGCAGCUAUAGUAUCAUCCUACCACCUCUACCAUGUGGCCAAAGAUAUCGUCAAACGUUGGACAAACGAGGUGCAGGAAGCUGUCAAUCAAAAGAAACCCUCGGGUCGAUCAGCUGCUGCCAUUUACUUUACUGCUGGGCAAUCCAAACAGCCUCAACCAAUUGUAUCCAACAGCAACAUCAGCCAAUACCAUGCCAUCAGUCUGUUUUACUUGAUCCGUCAACAUGACAAGAUGGCAGUGACCAAAACAGUACAGCAAUAUUCAGGCACAGGUGGAUCAAACAACAGCCAAACACUCAGAAACCCAGCUGCUGUAUGUAUGCUGAUUCGAUUUGCGGGCAAGAUUGUCCAAGACGACGCAGGAUCCACACAAAGAAUAUUCAUGAUUUUAGAGGGCUUUUUACGCCACAAGAACGAAAUGGUCGUCCUGGAGGCAGCCCGUGCCAUUUGCAACAUACCUAAUAUCCCAGCCAAGGCAAUUAUUCCUGCAAUUACUAGCUUGCAGGUCUUUUUAUCAUCACCCAAGCCCACCCUUCGGUUUGCAGCCAUUCGAACUCUGAACAGUGUGUCUAUCGAGAUGCCUGCAUCUGUUGCACCCUGCAAUCUUGACGUGACCCAACUCAUUGGCGACCAAAAUCGCAGCAUUGCCAUAUUUGCUAUUACAACGCUCCUCAAGACGGGCAACGAGAAUUCUGUCGAUCAAUUAAUGCAGCAAAUCAACGGGUUCAUGCUAGAUAUUGCUGAUGAUUUCAAAAUCAUUGUGGUGAAUGCGAUUCGGUCCCUGUGCCUUAAAUUCCCUGCCAAGCAAUCCACUAUGCUCACUUUUCUAGGGAAUCUCUUGCGUGAUGAAGGAGGAUAUAGCUUCAAAAAGACGAUUGUGGAGGCCAUAAUGGCGAUGGUGCAGCACAUCCCCCAAUGUCGAGAGGCAGCCUUGUCUCAACUAUGUGAAUUCAUUGAGGAUUGCGAGUUUCCCAAACUGUCAGUUUGUAUUUUGCACCUGUUGGGGCAGCAAGGUCAUAAGAUGAGCACACCCACAAAGUACAUUCGUUACAUCUACAACCGAGUCAUCCUUGAGAAUUCAAUUGUGCGCGCAGCUGCUGUGAGUGCAUUGGUUAAAUUCGGUAUUUACGGACGUGAUGCGUCAGUCAAACAGAGCGUGGUUGUGCUGUUGACUCGAUGCUUGAAUGAUGUGAAUGAUGAGGUCCGUGAUCGUGCUACACUGUAUUUGGCCAUGCUGAAGAAUGAACAGCUUGCCAAGACUUACGCAGCCAGUGAUGCCACUUAUCCACUGGCAACACUGGAAUCCAAGCUCUUGGAGUAUGUUGACUCCCAUGAAAAUGCCAAGCAAUUUAAUUUAAGUGCAAUGCCAGUUAUCAGUAGAGCUGAAGAAGAUCACACACGUGCAAACACCACUUCAUCUUUAGCACUACUGUCAAGUAAUCAACAGGGAGGUUCUUCUUCUUCUUCUUCAGGCGCCAAAAAGAGCACUGCCCCUGCAUCCGUAGGUUUCCAAUACGGAGAAAAACUGUCAUCUAUUUCUCAAUUCGCCCACUACGGUACACUCUUCAAAUCCACAGCAGCGAUACAUCUGACAGAGGAGGAAACAGAGUACACCGUGUCCUGUAUCAAGCACAUCUUUGACAAGCACAUUGUGUUCCAAUUUGAUUGCACAAACACACUGAACGAUCAGGUAUUGGAAAAUGUUCAUAUGAUGAUGCAGCCAAAUAUCGAUGAGGAAGGAGAGGCGGUAGGGCUUAUUCAGGUGGCAGACAUUCCAGCUGAUCGACUCGAAUAUGGUGUAACCCAAUCACUGUAUGUUGCAUUUGAGCAGCAAGACCCUGACGAUGAGCUUGCUACGCAUGCUGUGUUUAACAAUACCUUGGUAUUCCAAGUCAAGGAUCGCGAUCCCACAACAGGAGAAGCGGAUCCUGAGGGGUACGAUGAUGAAUACCAAGUAGAGGCUGUGGAAGUUGCUACCAAUGACUAUAUUCGGCCGGAUUACAUUGAAGACUACGAGCUAUUACUAGAUCAAAAUCCAGUGGUAGAGACAUUUGCACUGGACAAGGCCAAGGCGCCCAGUCUCAAAGCUGCCUGUACAUCUUUGAUCAGUCUCCUGGGCAUGCAACCUCUGGAAGGCACUGAGGAUCCUAAAAAUAAUAAUAACCUACAUGUCUUGCUGUUGUCUGGAACAUUUUUAGAUGGAACCAAGAUAGCAUGUAAAUGUAGAAUGGCCUUUGAUGCCGCACAUGGUGUCGCUUUUCAAGUUACUGUCUCUAGCCAAGAUGAAUAUGUAUCACAAUUUGUGCUUGUAGCAAUUUCAUAA